CGCAUUCCAAACGCCACGAUAGCGCUGGAUUAUCAAAGUCAGUUGUUGCUGUUUUUUAGGCAUAUUAUUUUUUAUUUUAUGAUUUAUUAUAUGAGAACAAAAAAUGCGCUCUCUAUUGAGAGUACUUUGCUUGGUAGCCAUCACGCUUGGUGAUGGUAGUUGUGCACUGUUAACGAGCAGCGCUGCGCGUGGUGUUGAUAACGCUGCAAACCGCCAAUCUGUGCCACCCGUGAUUCGCCACCGGACACCGUACACCGGCGCAACAGAUCCGGCAUUAUGCAGCGUAUCACGAAGUGCAUCCGAGAUCCAUUCUGCUGACCAGCCGCGCGACAGUCGCAUGAUCGACACAUACUACAGCCGGCAUAUGUCGGCGGUGCUGCCGGAUAUGCGUCCGCUGGUCAACUUUACCGGUACACUGGGCAUGUAUGAGAUUUUCAUAGUGAAUCUCAAGGAUCGGCCUGUGCAAUCCCUGGACCGAAAUAAAUUUUGGAGCAACACCUCAACGAGAUGUGGAAGCCGCAAAUAGAAAAAGCCAAUUAUUCCACAUCCUCCGUUCGUGUCGUCAUUACGGAUUGUGUGGAAAAUUACUGGUUUACCUCAACCGGGGAUGCUCUUAUCUCGAUCGUCUUUGCCCUGACCCUGGAUGACAGUAUCCUCAACCGUACUAUUAACGGUACAAUGCUACCGGCGAUUGAGCCGCUAAGCCUGGACCAAAUGAAAGAUAAAACUGACGGUCAGAUAGCCAACGUGCACAUUGGACCGGUUUUCCGCGGCUACACGCUGAUUAUUCGCAAUGCCAACGUAUCGUGGCUAUUUUCUUUGGAAUCAAGUGAAUACAAUACUUCCAAGGUUCUAGCGCCGGUACGCGAUUAUUUAUUGGCGUUUCUCCGUUCUUCGUCGUGCACAUCGUCCAGGGACAACGGAGGAGCCAGUGCCCAACAAAUUGAUAUUCAGUUUGGCUAUCCGUAUCCGGCGGUGGUGCGUGAUAUGAAGGCCUCUAGAUACUAUCAGCUCUAUGGCAACGACAUUGCUGUGGCGUUCGUAAUUACCGUCAACAAUAAAACGUACCAAGGACCGUUUCCGUUCAAAACUAUCAACGGCAAUGGACUGGCGGGAGUGAAGCUUAUAUUUGCACACGGUGACCAGUACCGGAUUGAUCCCAUCCCAACACUGUUCUGGGCUUACCUUAUGGGAUCGCAAUUUGCAACGCCCCGCUAUUGGACACCAACGGCAGAUUACAUAAAAAAAGCCCUUCAACAACCGCUUAACGCAGACAGCACAGCCGACGCUUUGAGAGCCAGCAAGAUCUCCUUCUCGGUCAACGCGUUGAUGAUGGAACCACCUCCGUAUUGCACUGACACCAUACAGCUUGCUGUGUCCUUGCAUGCCGAAACCAGCAAUCCAAACGGGGCUUUCCUGCUUAAUGCCGCUCUGCCGUUGUUUGCCGGCAUCCAACGGAUCCUUUAUGGCAGUCAGCUCCGCGAUGAAAUUAAUCACCAGCUUGUAUCCUCCAUUGUCCCCAGAAAGCGUCUCUACACCGACGCCGAGAUGCUGGAUUUGGACCGAUGUAAAAAUGCUGAUUUCUACACUUGUCCUAACAGCAAACGUUCGCUGGUAGUGAGCGUAGUGCCGAUCAAUACGGAUCAUUUCGUCGUCAGCAAAGACAUUUGUGCCAAUGAAUACCAACGGUAUAAAUUUCUGAACGCAGUCGUGUAUGCCUUCAACAAAGUUAACACCGUCGUCAUAAACGAUGCUAUCUUGAACGUGACCUUAACAACCUGCACCGAUGGGCUUCUCACUAGUCGAAUGUACGAAGCCGUCCGACUGGAAUUUGGAUUGUUCUUGGAAGAGCCAAAAUUGUCGUGGAGCAUCUUCGAGAUGCCAACCGAUGCCGAACUGGACGCGGCCUUCUAUCCCAUCAGAUUUAAAGUUGCACGUGAUCCAAUCAUUGACACUAGUAGUUAUUAUGACAGCCUAAACAGUACGCUGACCAAAGGAUAAAUCUUCCGACGCGUAAACUUUAAAUUUAUGGUCUGGUUUUCUUUUCUGGAGGGUUGAUGACUCCCGUAAGUUGUGCAGAGAAACGUGUCAGUUGCACUCAUACCGUAAUUACCGGUGCAAUAAAUACGAUUA